GCCGACGAUUUAAGCUCUCCGACGGUCUUGUUCCGUCGAAUUGAGAGUAGCACUUGAAAGGAAUUUCGUGUUUGAGCAGUCGUUAUGUUCACUCUUCGAUGUUGUCUCACUCUCCCUCAAGUUCUUGAAACUUCCGCCGGAGAAAUCUCUAUCAAUCGGCUUCCUCCGUCGAAUAGAGAGGUUAAUUGAGUGGGGAUUGCAGUUUUGAUCCGUCUGUAUCAUCAUCUGCGGGAUAAAUGGUCAAUUGGAGAACUUGCGACAUAUGAGGUUUAUUAGAGAUGAGGUUCAUUACAUGGAGUACGGAGUAACAGCUCAUUGAAGGAUAGACAAGUUGCUUCACUAGCAACACGUGAAGCAAAAAGACAAGUUGACAAGAAGGGGACAUGUUAAAGAGGACAAGAUUCCAGCAAGUACACGGACACUACAAGUCUUGAUUCUAACCACAUGUUUGAAUGAGUUUUCUUUUUACCACAAGUCCUCUCUGUUUGUUCACGGAUACAAGUAUUCAUUGUAGCCACAUGUUUCACUUUGCUUCUUAACCAUGUAUAUGUUUUGUGUAGUCCACUAUAAAUAUGACCAUGUAAUAUCACUUUGUAAUAUCAAUUGUCCAGACUCUUUCCUUCUUACUUUGCUUCUAUUUCUUUUCUACUCUAAAAACAGUUACUUGCAACAAAAAUCUCCAAGGCUUCUUUUUCUUUUCUACAACUAAAAUCUCCAAUUUCUUUUCUACGCCAAGGCUUCUAUUUUUACUCAAAAAAAUCCAAAACAAUUCUACAUUGUAAAUGGCAUCAUCUUCCCAUGAAAAUUUAGAAGAAGCGUUGGACGAAGAAUUUAGUAAUAUUUUACAGCAAGAAAUAGAUAAUUCUUUGUAUUCUUACGGUGAUCGUCCACAAACCGCAAAACCGAGGAAAAAACGAGUCCAUAUUGAAAGAAAUCGAGAAGAAGGACACAUCCAGUUAUGGAACGAUUAUUUCGCAGAAAAUCCAACUUUUCCUCCUAAUCUAUUCAGACGCCGUUUUAGAAUGAACAAGCCAUUAUUCAUGCGUGUUGUUGAUCGACUCUCCACAAUUCCAUUCUUUCAACAAAAAAGAGAUGCUACAGGAAGAUACGGUUUUUCUACACUACAGAAGUGUACAGCAGCAAUUCGUAUGCUUGCAUAUGGUUUAGCAGCUGAUGCGGUUGACGAAUAUCUCCGGAUUGGUGCAACCACUUCGAUGAAGUGCAUGGAACAUUUUGUUGACGGAAUUAUUGAUUGCUUUGGAGAUGAGUACCUACGACAACCCACUGCAGAAGAUCUUCAACGACUACUCCAUAUUGGAGAGAUUCGAGGAUUUCCCGGGAUGAUGGGAAGCAUUGAUUGUAUGCAUUGGGAGUGGAAGAAUUGCCCUACCUCUUGGAAAGGACAAUAUACACGUGCCUCUGGAAAACCAACGAUCGUUUUAGAGGCUGUAGCUUCCCAAGAUCUUUGGAUAUGGCAUGCGUUUUUUGGACCGCCAGGUACUUUAAACGAUAUUAAUAUUCUAGAUCGCUCUCCGGUUUUUGAUGACAUCUUAAAAGGGCGAGCACCAGCAGUGAAUUAUACAGUCAACGGGAACGAGUAUAAUUUGGGUUACUAUCUCACGGAUGGCAUUUAUCCUAAAUGGGCUACUUUUAUCCAAUCUAUUUCACUUCCACAAACUGAAAAAGCAUCUUUAUUUGCAACCCAUCAAGAAGCUUGCCGUAAAGAUGUCGAGCGUGCUUUUGGAGUUUUGCAAGCUCGAUUUGCUAUUGUCAAAAAUCCGGCUCUUCUUUGGGAUAAGGUAAAAAUAGGAAAUAUUAUGCGAGCAUGUAUAAUACUUCACAAUAUGAUAGUAGAAGACGAACGAGAUGGGUAUACUCUGUUUGAUACGACCGAAUUCGAACAAGCGGAAUCUGCAGGAAGUUCACGGGUGGAUUUCACAUAUUCUACAGAUAUGCCUUCAAAUUUCUUCGAUACGAUGGCCACUAGAACUCGAAUUCGUGAUCGAGGUAUGCAUCUACAAUUGAAGAAGGAUUUGGUCGAGCAUAUAUGGACAAAAUAUUCUAGAAAUUAAGUUUAAAA